AUGGUUAAUUCGUUCUUCCAGUUGUUUCGCUUUCAGUGCCGCGGCCCCUUUAUCGUUGUCCUCCUUCCGUCACAUGUUCCGUGCUCACUUGGGUUUCCGUGCGGCCUUUCCUCCCACCCGGUCUUCCUCCUUUACUUUCUUCAUGUAAUUCUUUCUUCCACUGACAGACUUCCCUCCUUCACCGCCUUUCCCACACUCCCCGUAUGCUUGUCCUCCCCAACGAACCCCUUCUCGCCUCUGCAGUACACUCCCCGCCCUGCCACCCUGCCAUGGCUCCCUCACACCCCCGUUACACCCUACCCUCUUUUUUUUCUCUUUUCUCUUCGGUCACCUUUUUCCUUCUCUGCUCUGAUAUUUUGAUAUUCACAAAGAAAAAAACAAUGGGACAAAAAGUCUCUCACGAAAAAGCGAACGUGGUCGUGAGCCUGCGAGCAGGCAUGAGCAGGCCGGACACCUUGAAGGUGUCUUACAGGGGCGGCGGCUGCCUCAGGAGGCGGCGGCCGAUCGCCUUCUUUACCUUCCCCAGCACCGGCUGGCGGUGCGCCGAGGGGAUAGAGGCGUGCGAGGCGGAGGGGGGAUUGAGCGUGCCGUUGGACGCGCUCAAAUAUAAGGACCUCAGCAAGAUCAUCCAGCUGCGCUGCGGGUCUGGCGGGAGGACCCUGCUGAAGGCAGCGAUGCCGCUGGGGAUGUUCCUCAACAACCUCGACUACCUGCACUUCUCGUUACACUCUGACGGCAGGGGCUCCAGCGGCGCCUACACCGUCAUGCGGUGCAACGGGCACCCCUGCCUUAUGGCGGCGCGGCCCCCGAUGUGGCACCGGCCAAAUGGCGGGAAGGAAGCCAGUGCCCCCACCAGGGCCUCAGUUACCCCAGCAGGUGGUGCCGGAGGCAUCACCAAGGCUUCAAACACCAAGGCAGGUGAUGCCACACACAUCACCAAGGCUUCAAACACCAAGGCAGGUGAUGUCACACACAUCACCAAGGCUUCAAACACCAAGGCAGGUGAUGUCACACACAUCACCAAGGCUUCACACACCAAGGCAGGUGAUGUCACACACAUCACCAAGGCUUCACACACCAAGGCAGGUGAUGUCACACACAUCACCAAGGCUUCAAACACCAAGGCAGGUGAUGUCACACACAUCACCAAGGCUUCACACACCAAGGCAGGUGAUGUCACACACAUCACCAAGGCUUCACACACCAAGGCAGGUGAUGUCACACACAUCACCAAGGCUUCACACACCAAGGCAGGUGAUGCCACACACAUCACCAAGGCUUCACACACCAAGGCAGGUGAUGUCACACACAUCACCAAGGCUUCAAACACCAAGGCAGGUGAUGUCACACACAUCACCAAGGCUUCACACACCAAGGCAGGUGAUGUCACACACAUCACCAAGGCUUCACACACCAGGGCAGGUGAUGUCACACACAUCACCAAGGCUUCACACACCAAGGCAGGUGAUGGCACACACAUCACCAAAGCUUCACACACCCCGGGCUCCCCUCACCACACACUCCGCCGUCGGAAAACCAAGAAACCCAAUCUUCGCGCCCACGGCAGGGACACGGCGACUCCCAAGAGACACGAUGCGCCGUACACAUGGACGGACGUGUUCGUGGACGUCACGGCGAUCUGUGCCGCCGUCUUGUCCGGCGUCCUGGCGUACUACACGCGUUAGUGAGGCGCCGCCACGCCCGCCCGCCCGGAGGCCUUCAUGGGCGCGGGCUAUUGUCUGUUAUAUCUUUCU